GUUAAUCCGUAUUGAUAAAAAUAGACAUCAGCCCGAAGAUUUAUAAGGAUCGAAAUUUAAUCACUGAAUUAAAUUAAUUAAUUCGGAAUUGAUUCGGCAAGUUUGUUAAUAAGCGUCUUGAAGAAAAAAAAAAAAAUCGCGACCAAUCGCGAAUCUGAAGGCAAGAAACGCGGCGAUCGCGGUCGUUAAAUACAGCGAGUCAUCGCGGCUGGCAUAGGAACGCGCCUCAAGCUCGCGUACUCGCGUCGCGAGGCUCGCGACGAGAGUCGCGGUCGCGAGUAGCUUUGUUUUUGUUUUGCGCGUUUUGAUCUUAUACGUACGGUGCCUGCACACGGGGCCUCUCGAAGCCGUGGCGUGUAAAAUCGUACGACGACGGAUACACCGAGGCGAGAACGAACGAGGGAUCGCGUUGGGAGAUAAGGAGCGAGCGAUAAAAGGGGAAGAGAUAAUCUCGAGGAGAAAAGAGCGUGCUCCGCUCACACUUGACAUUUAGACUCCACGAAGACCUUCCUCAUUCACGACACGUAUUUCCGAGGGGGGUACGAAGAUUCGCGCGAAUUAACGCGCACGAUCGCGCGACAACUCGGCGAAUUGACUCCAAUUGACUCGUGCGACUGCGAGGAACAAUGACGCGCCCCGUCGCCAGGACGCCCGCCGCGCGAAUCGUCGCGCCCGACGUCGCGCAUCUCUCGACGGUCGGCUGCGAUUGUGAUUUAUGAAGCAAUAAUAUCUUAUCUGAGGUAAAGACGCGGAGUGAAGACGAGACGCUGCACAAACACCCGUCUGAAAUCCUCGCUCACUCUCUCUCUCUCUCUCUCGUGUAUGGCAAGGCGGUGUGAAGGGAAUUCUCAUUAAAUAGCACCUCCCGCGCGGGUGGAGAGAGAGCUCACAACGCCAAGAUGUAUCACAUUUUCGAGUUGCUCGCGAACAGCGUUUUUCUAUGGAUAUUCCUGCAGACCGCGUUGAGCGUGCUGGUCACCGUCCUGUACGAGUUUUGCGUUCCCUGGAUCGUCUGGGGCUCGCUGAUUGUCGUGGUAGCGCUGAAAUUGGCCCGAGUGUCCCCCCCGGCCGCCAGCAUCGUGCAAGAGGUGCUCGGCGUGAACCCGCUCCUCCUGGGCAAAGAUAACUCCGUGCCCGAAAACCACGGUAACGGAGAGCAAUAUUGCAUGCGAGUGGUGGCCCACCGUGGUGGAGGAUACGAUUAUCCCGAGAACAGUUUGUUGGCUUUCCGAAAUAGCAGAGGAAAGGGCUGCACCGCAGUGGAGCUUGACUUGCGCCUAACAAAAGAUAACAUUCCAAUAACAUUCCAUGAUCCAACGAUCGAAAGACUAACAGGCCAGACGGGAAUGAUUAGUGAAAUGACAUGGGAGGAAUUGAGGGAGUUUGACAUAACUUACAAUCAUCCGCUUAAGAACAAAUUUUCCGAAGGCGAGAAGAUCGCACUGCUCGACGACGUGCUGCGAGAAUGUCUGGACAGCGAGCAGAGAAUAAUUAUAGAUAUAAAAGAGACAAGGAUGGACGUUGUGCAAGUUGUUCUGGACGCGUACAAGAAAUACCCGAAAUUAUUCCAGAGAGGCGUCGUCUCGAGUUUCAAUCCGAUCGUAGUGUACACGAUUAGGAAGAGAGAGCCGCGCAUUGUAUCGAGCCUCGCUUGGAGGCCGUACUUUUUCUCGAGGAUGUCGUACGCCGGUCUGGAAGCACCCGGCCCGGUACGUUAUCAUAAUCCGUUCAAGCAUUUGGGAGCGUGCAUCUUUGAGACUCUGUACGAAUGGCUGCUACCGCGUUUUGUCUAUUACAUCGUCGGCGUUUCCGCUAUGCUGUUGCACAAGGAUAUAGUGAAUCCACGCGUGAUCGAACGAUGGCGCGACCGCGGCGUCCGCGUGAUGGCGUGGACGGUGAAUCGGCCGACGGAGAAAACGCAUUUCUCGAGGUUCCUCAAAGUCACCUAUCUAACCGAUACGCUACAUCUAGAGAAGGACAUGUAGUAAAUGUCCGAUAUAUUUUUGUGUUCUCAGUAUUAAAUUUCAAAGACUUUUUGUACCAUACACUGGCAUUAUGCAUGUACAAAUUUUUCUACUUUCGAUUAUAUAGAUUAUAUACGCGUCUUAAUAUCAACCAUCUAGUCGGGUCGUAAAAAAAAUUGAUAUGACGACUUACGUUACUUUUAAACAUAGAUUAUAAGGCACUUAUUUUAUAAUGUCUUGUACAAGGCGCAUACAUAUAUAUAUAUGUAUAUAUAGUAUGUGCGAAUAGCGAUAAUAAAAAUUACUCGUUACACUGAAGAGAUUUAAA